CAGUUUAUGCCACAAUGAAAAUUGUAUUUUGUAAACAUUAGUUUUAAAUAAUUGCUAAUAGAAUGCUAAAGGAGCUGUCACAAGAAGUAUUAUGAUUAAACCAUAAAUCAUAACAUACAAAAGAUAAUAGACGUAAAUUAUUGUUUUUUUUUACAUUAUUUUUGUAGUUUGUUGAUAUAUGUGUUUACAGUACUAAAUGGCUUGUUAGACCACUGAAACCUAAUUUCGGCGUAGUUGAAACAACCAAUGUACAAAUAAGAUAGCUAGUAAAAUGAUUCACGAAGAGUGACAUAGAAGUACUAUUUGCCCUAUUGCGAUGUCAGCGUAUUGUACGGAUGAUUCUAGUUCUGAUUCUGAUACUCGUGGAUCCCAAGAAACAUUUUUUUGUACUUACUGUCAAGAUGAAAUCUCAAAAUUUCCUAGCAGAGCUGAGAGUGGUUAUGAUUCAAUGACUAUUGUUGUUCGCUGUGCAACUUGUGAAGAUUUCUAUCUCUGUUUGAUGUGCUUUUCGAGUGGCGCUGAAAUUGGACAUCACAAAAACUUCCACGACUAUAAACUAGUUUCAUUUUCUAAACCAAAUUUGUAUCCCGAAAAAUUAUUAAAUGCUAUUGAAGAAUGGGUAUCGGAAGAUACGGACAGACUUUUAGGUGUUAAUAAAAAACUAAUUGCCGGAUGGAAAGAUGUCGCCAAUUCUGUUGGGUCAAAAAAUCCUGAAGACGUCAAAAGAGAAUACACGAAUACUUAUAUUGAUGGUCCUAUGGGUCAAAGGAUUAUUAAUUUAGUCAAUCAACGCAUUGGCUAUACUCCACUUGUAUCAUUAGACCAAGCUAUAGCAAUGGGUUGUUUUAAAAAUAUUCCAUCCUAUUUUCCUAGUAAAAAGAUUUUAAAAAUACCAGACAACGAAGAUAAUUUAGAACAAUACACAAUCAUUGACGAAGAUGAAGAUAUUAAAAAACAUUGCAAUAUGAGUAAAGCAGUCACAAAAAGAAAUAAAUGGGACUGUUAUCAGUUACAAUGGCUGUUGCAAUGUACUGCCGAACAUGGCUAUGGAAACUGGGAAGAAGUUUCUAAACAUUUCAAUAGACUAAUUCGCGAAGAAUACAGCAGUAACGAUCGUAUUUAUCGAACGGCUGAAGAACUAAAGGACGAAUACUUAAGGAGAUUCAUUGAAAUUCCUGCAUUGGGUAGAACUUGGUUACCGAUCUUAAAUACAAGACCUGCAGUACCUGACCGAACAAAACGUAUUGAAACACCUGCAUCUAAUGAUGAUGAUGUUAUAGAUAGCCAGGUAUUUCUGAAAGAAGAAACAGGAUUUUGUCUAACCUCGCCAACACUAAAAGAAAAUACUGCUAAAGAACAAAUAAAACCACCAGAAACGGAAAACGUGAUAAUAUAUUGUACUUAUUGUCAAGAAGAAAUUAAUAUCCUCCGUUAUAGGCCGAGCGAAGAUAUAAAUGCUAGCUACGAUUACAUAAUUAUUUAUGCUCGCUGUACAAACUCAGAAACUUGUAAAGACUUUUACUUAUGUAUGACGUGUCUCGCUAGUGGAGCGGAAAUUGGGAAACAUAAAAAUAACCAUGGUUAUUGUUUGGUAUCUAAUGUGGCUAGAUAUUGUAGUGAUGAUUGUUUUGCUGGAUCCAAUUGGAAUCUGAUUGAAGAACUAGCUCUAUUAGAAGGUGUCGAAGAUUGGUUUACCGACGACAGUGAUAGAUAUUUGAUACAAUCAAAUGAUGAAGAAUUAGUGACAGGCUGGGAAUAUAUUUCUGAUCAUAUCCGAUCGAAAAAUCCUUUAGAAGCAGAAGCUGAAUUUACAAAAAUGGCUACGGAAGGAGUUGUUAGUAAAUAUUUAAAAACUCAUUCUUGCAUUGAUCAAUUAGUUUCCUUCGAACAAGCUGUGGAAAUGGAUUGUUUUAAAAAGCCAAAACGAACUAUAACUGUAACUACCGAUGGGGUAGCGUAUCAAGAGAAGUAUUCGUGGACUAAAGCGCAGUUAACAAUGUUAUUGGAUUAUACGGCCAUUUAUGGAUACGGCAAUUGGGAAAAGAUUGCUACAGAAUUUAAUAACAAUGUUAACUACGAACAUUAUGGUAAACCAAAGGAAUUCGUAAAAAAAACUCCCGAAGAAAUCAAAGCCGAAUAUAUAACUAAAUUUAUUGAGACGCCAAUUAAGCGUGGGCUGUGGAAACAUCGAAAUAGCACUCGACCUAUUAUAGCGGAUCGAACACGGUUAUACAAGCCAGUUGAUAUUCCACUCUAUCCUGCAUUUGAAAUGGAACUUUUCACAGAAGUCAAAUAUGAUUACUAUGUUGACGACUAUGAGACAGUAUAUUUAAACAAGGCUGAAUCAAUAUUAGACAUUUUAUUUCCUGAGCCGACUGAAAAACCAAUAUCGAAAGAAGUGGAUGUUAAAAAGAGUAACAUGGAAAAAAAAAUCAAAGAAAAUUUCGAUGAAGACAUUGCGUUGAUUUGUUUACAAAGAUAUAAUGAUGUCUUGAAAAUGCGGAAUACGGCCAAAGGAUUAGUGCAUGAUUACCGAUUAAUCGAACAGUUUCUAGUUUAUAAAGAUAAGCCGGUUAUGCCAAAAAUAAAACCUUUUGCUCAACAAUGUUUCGCCGAACGUAUAUCCAAGAUGGCGUUAUUCAUGAACGUUGAUAGUCAUUCGUUACUUAUGGUCCGAGAAAAGGAUGAAAAGUUGUUGACAGCUCGUUUUAAAGAAUUACGAUUGUACAGAAUGAUGGGAAUCACCAAGUUCUCCGAAAUAGAUAUGUUUCAUACCUUGAGAAAAUACAAGGGCUAUUUAAAGCAAUUUGUACCGUUGUAUUCGAGUGCAGGAUGUACGCCUACGAGUAAAUAUCUGGUACCGGCUUGUUCUGACGGAAAAGGCGAAAUGAAAUAUCUUCAAUACGCCAAGACCGAUUUCUAUAAUUCUCAACUAAGAGGCAAAAUACCAUUACGUUAUUUAGCCAACGAUAUGUGUGAAGAUUUGUUAUCUGUUAACGAAAAAAUGUUGUGUCUAAAAUAUAAUGUAUUGCCGAAUGAUUUUUUGAAAACUAAACGAAAAAUAAUAAAUUACGGCGUUGGAAAGAAUGCUCCUAAAUUAGAUCGUGUUAUUUACAAUUAUCUAGUAAAAUGUCACAAACUCGACUUGUCGAAACCGAUUCCAUUUGUUGUAUAGCUGUUACUUUUUGAAAUAUUUUAUUCUACAUCACAGACCGAAUGAUUAUUUACAAUAGUACAAUUUGUUUUAUUACCUUUCUACAUUAAUCACGUUUGAUUUGUUCUACCAGAAUAAUUUCAAAAGAGAGUAUAGAUGUUAUUCAUAGUAAUUGUCUUGUAACAUUAAAUUUAGGCUUGUGUUUGUUAGUUUAGUUGUUUUAACAAUAAUUAAUUUAAUGAAAAAAAUAAAUGGCCGGUAAACCAACGAGAAAAUGCUCAACAAUAUUGACAGUAUACCAAAUUUAAAUGUAAAAUUAUUUUUGUAUUUACAUAGUACAAAAAAAAAGUUGAUUUAUAUAUUUUAAUAAAGUAUUUAUUUUCGAGACUACUUUUUCUGAAAUGAAAUACUUUUUUAAAUUCAUUGUCAUUUAUUUGAUUGAUAACAACUUGUAAUAAUUGAGUUUUUACAAUUUUUUUUUUUUGGAAAUGUGUAUUAUAGUAGUAUAAUUGUUUAUUUAUUGUUUUGUAUUGGAAUUGAAGCUUUAAGAGAAAUACAAAUUAAUAUGGUGUAAUGUAUGUGUUUGAUAAUACUUAUG